AAAGUAAUUACAUCGAAAGCUUUUUUUUUUGCGGUGCUGAAUUGCAUUUGAUUUGUUUUUGUUAUUAUUGGUGAUAAAUUGUGUAUCUCUAAUCAUGCUGUGCGAACACGGGUUUGGUUUCUCACCUGUAUAUUUAUACGGAUCCAUUCUGAUACAUUCACUACAUAGAGAAACAUGUGUUUGUCUUGUUUACUGAAGAUAAAUUAAUUACUUUGAUGAGAGAUGACUUUAGUUAAAAUUUGGACAGUGUAAAUAAACUGACCUCGUAAAAAACAAAAAUGGGAAGCUAUGGGAUAGGUGGAAAUCUUUCAAGCCUUGUUGUAAUUUUCAACUCAACACCUGAAAUAGUAGCACUAAAUAUGACAAAUGGACUUGGACCGUGUGACGAUGCAACAGAUGAGUAUUCAGGUUUUUAUAAUGUGGCCCAGUUUAUCACGGGUCUCAUUAUUUAUCCAAUAGUAUGCAUUCUGGGUAUUAUUGGAAACACACUGACUUUGAUCGUCUUAAGUCACAAAGACAUGGCGACAUCAACAAAUGUCUACCUUUCAGCUCUAGCUGUUUCGGACACAAUCAAACUCAUCAAUGAUUUCUUUUACUUUAUAAUGGUUGUUCUACAAGAUCAAAAUCUGGACAAGGACAUGAGGCUGAUUUCAAAUUUUUAUCCAUAUGCGCAUUACAUAUUCAACAUGUCAGUUUGUGUGACGGCUUGGCUAACAGUGUCUGUGGCAGUCGAACGUUAUAUUUCGAUAUGCCACAUAACAAAAGCCAAGGAGAUGUGCACUAUAAGUAAGGCAAGAAUAGUGAGCACCGUCGUGUUUCUCACAAUGAUAAUUCUAACUGUUCCGUCUGCUUUACGUUACGAGGCAAUUCAUCAAGUGGACAACAACAAAAAUGUCACGUGUUAUACAGUGCUGCCGAGUGCCCUGGGAAAUAAUUCAGAUUUUAUGGACCCAUACACAUGGGUACAGAACUCCUUAAGAUCUAUUAUACCGUUGAUAGUUCUUAUAUUUCUAAACGCAAGAAUAAUUAAUGAAUUAAGAAAGCAGAGAGUGAAAGGCAAGAAACUUUCUUCUAGGAAUAGAAUAACGCUCAUGCUUAUAGCAAUCAUUAUAUUUUUUACUGUUUGUAUAAUGCCGGAUGCAUUUAUGUCACUGUUCUUCGGCUUUGGUUACGUUGACGAAUCAAAUCUAGUGAAAGGAAUAAGGGAAAUAACAGAUUCUCUGCUAGCAAUCAACUCUGCCUUCAACUUCGUCUUAUAUUGCAGUAUGAGCAAAAUAUUCCGAACAACAUUUUCAAAGAUAUUUCUGACGCGGUGUUUAGCCCCGAAACCGUCUCAAGAAAGACUUUUGAACAACGGCACAUGCAUCGAAAAAGAAGCUAAAUCUGUAAAUCGGAAAGACAGUAGCAGCGGAAGCGGAAAUAACAACAAAGAAACCUUUGUUUGAUGUAGUAAUGAACGGAAUAAGCAUGUGCUCUUGAGUGUAAAUAUUACAUUUGAACUAACAUUGCUCCAACACAAAUUUUAUUUGCGUCAAAUGACUCGAGAUCUUGCAUGAUACCCGUCAAUACGAACAUGUUAUAUAUUAUUCUUCAUUUACUGAUUGCACAAAUUAAUCAAAAUACCGUCAUGCUAAAGAUAAUGUGAUUAAAUAAUAUUUGACGAUCUUUUGUCUCGUGUUUUUCUCAUCUUGUGUAUCAAGGAUCGGAGCAACCAUGUACUGUUUGUACAAUUAUAACGAGAUUUUAGACACGGACUGCCCGGUGAAUUAUGGAUGUGAUAUAUGCCUGUUUGGCCAUGCGAGUGAAACGCAUUAUUCUCAUAGAGAAGUAUACUUGGGUCUAAAACUUGUUGUUAUUAAUUAAAUUUUCACAAUAUUUGUAUUUUUUUUCCUUACAAGAGCAAUAUACAUCUUUAAUGUCGGUCCAACUUUGUGUAUAAAUAUUUGAUUUUUGUCCACAAUCAAAUAAAAACAACAGGAAAAUACGUCUGUAUUAUUAUAUUUGUUGAUCCUUUUCUUCUAGUUAUAUUCAUACAACAGUUUUGUCAGUGAAUUAAUAUAUAAAAAGUAAAGACGUCUAGGGAAAUAAAGUAAUUGGCAAAACUUUUAGGAAUUUUUGGUCCUCAAUGCUCUUCAACUUCGUACUUUAUUUGGCCUUUUUUUUUUUAACUAUUUUUGAUUCGAGCGUCACUGAUGAGUCUUUUGUAGACGAAACGCGCGUCUGGAGCAAGUACAAAAUUUCAAUCCUGGUAUCUAUGAUGAGUUUAUUUAGAUUCCCGAUUAUUAAAAUAAUAUUAUUGUUAGAUUAAAAAACAACCUUUCCGCAAUUUGUAAAACCAGUGUUCAACUUGUUUUAAACUUUUUUUUUAAAAUUUUGCAAUGAUAUGCAACGUUUUUAUUCUGUCAUUCAAAUUAUGUUUUGCAAUUUCUUUCUCACGAGCAAAAUAUAAUAUUUAUGUAAGACUGGUAAAGAAUAUCGAUUGUAAUUACUUCUUCAUACUCAAAUGUUUGUACUUUCAUUUGUAAUAUAUUUCCAUAUAGGGGUGUUACUCCAUUAAAUACAUUUGGAGGAGAAAGUGAAGUUGAGAAUGUACAAUCAUGUUUGAUGAUUUAUAUGUCUGGAAAAUGUAAAUGUACGAUACGAAUUUACUCAUUUGGGUAAAGUCUUUUUGAAGUAAAAGCACUAAACCAUUUUUGAACUUUAUGCUUUCAUCCCUAGACGCAAUAUCUGCAUUCGAAGAAUUUAUAUGUAUUAAUGGAGUGACACCCCUUUCAGCUUUUAAAUGAUUUUAUGUCAACUGAGAUCUAACUUAAGCUUUGUAUUUGUAUUAUUUAGCAGAAACAUGUUUUCCAUUGUGCAUCAGUCCGAAAAUAAAUCAUAUCUACUUACUUUUGUUAUUUCAUACGCAGAUAAGAACUGCUAAACGAAUUCAGGG